AUGAGCAUGCUGCCUCUUGGAACCUCAUCAUUUCGAGACCACGGUAGCGAUGAGUCCUCCGUCAGGUACAAAGCAGAUCCUCCAGGAUUGACUUCAGUGCGAACCACUUACGUCACCAAUAAGUUCUCACCACUCAGCAGACAGCUGGUUACGUAUCGAGACAGAAACUCAAGUUCUUCUCGUGCACCCUUGAGAACCACUUCAGCAACUCGUUCUCAGACUGUGGCAGAGAUAGACAUGCCUUUUCCAAGACUGGUUGAAGAAACAUCCACAUCAAGAGCGGCAUGUUCGAGUGGCAUAGUCCGUCUCCCUAUUAACGCUACGCAGCAGGGUGGACGAUACUUGCUUCGGAUACCAAAAAAUGACAUUGAAAGCAGACCGCUGCAGAAUACCUUGCCACCAAGGAGAAUGUUAAUACCAACAGUUCCUCCAAGCAUGUCCAUGGGUGGAGAGUGCUCGGCAGAUGAAUAUGAAAUUUUAUAUGAGAGUGGUGGAAAUCCACUCAUAUGUGUAGCGGAAGAUAUUAACGAGGACGUUUAUUACCAGGAUUCCGUGGACAAGAAAAACUUCUAUUGCUCGGAGAUAACAUGCUUUUGGCACGGACCAACACAAGCUUCUUUACGACGGCAUAUGAUGAUCACUCAUAGCCGAAAUGUCAUGAACAGCAGUGGGAUUCGGGCAUGUGGUGCUCAAACGAUACGUCGUUCUACGAAACCAAAAGGAGUAUGUGCAUGA